AUGGCUGCAGAAUCAGCACCGUUGCAGCUGCCGCUCCCGCCUGGCGACCCGCCGACCUCGGAGCAACUUACGGCGCAAAGUGAGGCGGGCAGAUCUCGUGGGACGCUCUAUGGCUAUGACAGUUCAACGACCCGGGCGCCCUUUGCAUACGGCCUAAUUCGUGGGGAAAGCAACGAGUUGCACUUCUUCGUGCGAGCGCACUUGGAGCGUGGAGUGAUUGCUGAACUCCUGCCAGUAGGGGCUCCUUUGGAAUUCUUUUCGCAGAAGUUCGAACCUGGAGAUGUGCGUUGGGCCUAUGGCAUUCGAAAAGUCCCCAGCAAGGGCAGCCUCGGAAGCCGCUGGCCGAAACGAAGAAGCCGGAGCCCAAAGAGGGCCCUGCAACGACGCUGGGUGUCUCUGGCAGAUGGCGUCUCGGAAGAGGUCGAGGUCGAUGACGGCGGUGGAAACGCGGCAUCGCAGGCCGUGGAGGCUUCAAGCACUUCAAGCACGAGGCCGUCGCCAAGAACAAAGCGCUGGGUGCCUUUGACUGUCGACGACAGCGUGACAGUGGAGACUGAUGAGACCGGCGCCGCGGGGUCGAACUUCGACAUUCCAGGUGAGGAAGACUCCGAAGCUGGUGAGGUCACUCUGGAGCUUUUGCUCACCAAAUUGAUUCAGGCGCAGCAAGACGAAGAGACCUGGAGCCGAGCACUGGAGCAUUUCUUUGGCGCGCCUGUGGGAUCUCUGUUGGACCCGGAGCUGGAGAAGGUGAACAGAGCCAUCCAGCAGACGGCCGCCACACUGCAAGUCGAAGGUCCCUGCCCACAGGCGGAGGAUGGGAGAAUGGGAUGA